AUGAAAGGAGUUUCUAAAUUGAAAUAUCGAAUAGUUUAUUGUUCAGGUGAAGAUCAAGACUAUCCAGUGACUGAAUUACUCACUCAAUCACCAUAAAGCAGAGGAUGGUAAGCACCAAAAUAUUGUGAAUAUCCAUAAGAAAUAGCAAUCUAAUUUGUUAAUGCUGCAAGAGUAAGACAAGUAUAAUUCUUGUCUCAUCAUUGUAAGAUAUCUACAAAAGUAAAAUAUAUUCGAUUUCUUUUAGAUUGAACUGUAUGUUCACAUGCCAGAUAAGAAUAUACCUCCACAAUAUAAUCAAAUCAAAUAUAAGAAAUUAGGAUAUUUAUCCCUUGAUUCUAAUGAGAGAGGAGGAUAUUAAGCAAGAGAAUUAAAAAGUGUAUAUAUUGACACACCUUGUUUAUUCAUGAAAUUUGUAUUUCAAAAAUGUUAUGUGAACAAAUUUAAUCUCUUUAAUCAAAUUGGUGUAAUAGCUUUAUCAGUAUUUGGUGAACCUCUUGAUUCCCCUCCUGGAUAUGGAUAGAUGAAAUAGAAAGAAUUUUAUAAUGAAAUUUAAUUUGAAACACAAUUUGAUCAAAAUACACUUGAAAGAUUAAGAAUGUUAGAAGAAGCAAAAGAUAAAGGUAUUUCUCAAUUAAUUAUAAAUUAGCUGUUUAAAGAGAAGAUUUUAUGGAAGCCAAAAGAAUCAAAGAAGCAAUUGAAAGGUUGAAAUAGAUAGGAGUACAAUUAAGAACACUAGAAGAAAGAAAAGCUGUAGCAAUAUAAAAUGAAGAUUAUGAUUCAGCUAGCAUUAUCAAAUAAGAAAUAGAAAAAUUAAGGAAUGCUGUAGCACCAGAUUCUAUGAUACGAAGACCAGAUAGUGCAGUAAUAAUAAUUAAUAAUUAUUUAGUAAUAUUAAUAAUAACCUGUUUAUUAGCCAUAACAAUAAUUUUAAUAGUAAUAAUAAUAAUAAUACUAUUAAUAAUAGUAAUAAUAAUAAUAUUAACCACCACCUAUUCAAUCAUAAAUGGCUUUUACACCUCCUUACUAAGCUCCUCCUUAAUAAAUUCCAAUAUAAGGAGAAGAAAUGAUAUCAUAAUCCUAAUUUGAAGAAUAGAGAGCAGAUCCUUCAUAAAUGAGAUAAAAAAGAAUAGCAAAAGAGCUAAAUCAACAUCAUGAAGACAUGGUUGUUCCAGCUGCUUUAAAAAAAUAAAAUAAUAAUUAAUAUCCUGACGAUGACAAAUAGUAAUAAUAAUAAUGUAAUUAUUUAUUCAUAUUAAAAGAUACAACUGAACCAUUAACAGGAGAGAGUUUAUAAAAAGCAGAACCCUUAAUUCCUAUUUUAACAGAAGAGUUUUGUUAAAAAAUAUUUAGUAAAUAAUGGGGAGCUAGAGAAGAUGGACUUAAAUGGUUAGAAGAUUAGAUCGGAAGACCAACUCAGGUAAAUUCUUAGGAUCCAUCAAUUUUCUUUUUGAGUUCAAUUGCUUCUAUUAAUUAUACUCUUGGUGAUAAAGUUGCUGCUGUAUCAAUACGAAGUUUAAGUGUUCUUUAAUCGUUGCUUGCUAAAUUUCCAAAAAUAAAAAUUAAUAAGAGUGCUGAAUUCAAUGAACAUAUAGAUGGAAUUCUAUAAUCUAUUAUGGAAAAACUAGGAGAAUAAAGAAAAGAAUAAGCUGAAAAUACAUUUUUAUAAUUGGCAGAUCAUCCAUCUGUUGGUCCUGCUAUUUGUGUCUAACAUUUAAUUAAAGGUUUUGUUGGUAAAUCUAAAUUAUAAAGUUCUACUAAACAUAUUGUUGGGAGAUUGGCUAUGCUUACAGAAUUAGUUAAGAGAUAUGAAAUCAAUAAUGCUAAUAUGCCAUAUUAACCUAUUGUUGAUUUUGCAGUAAGAUUGCUGGACGAUAAAGUAUUCUCUUUUUAAAUUUAAUUAGAAUGAACCAAUUAGAACAUAAGCUAUCUUACUUUUGGUAGAAGUCUAUAAGUUCUCUGGAAAUAGACUUAGGUAAUCAUUAACAAAUGUAAGAUAAGCAUAAUUAGAUGUGCUAGAAGAUUUCUUUAAUAAAAUUGAUGGAGGAGGAGAUGUGGAUGAUCAACCAUAAAUUAAUUAAUAAAAACCAAUCAUUUAAACUAAUAUUGAAACUCAGGGAGCAAAAAAGGGAAAUCAAAAUUAACCGUAAAAUUAAAAACAAUAACAAUAAUAAAAAUAAUAAUAAUAAUAACAAUAUGAUUAACAUAAUACAGCAAAAUGCGAUUAUUGUGAUAGAGUAGAUCCAUCUUUUAGAGAUUCAGAUCAAAUAGAUAAACAUCUUUGGUCUGAAUGUCCUAUGUUAGUUACUUGCUCUUAAUGUGGAUAGGUAAUUGAAGUAGCUGAAUUAACCAACCAUUUGCUGAGUGAAUGUGAUCAUAAAAGAAAAUUUAAGAGAUGCCCAAAAUGCAAAGAAGCUAUUCUUUUGAGUGGUUAUGAUAAGUAAAUUAUCUAAUAAAAUUAGGCAUUUAGAAGAUUGUAGAGGUAGAAAUGAUAAUAUAACUGUGAGAUGUCCUUUGUGUCAUUUAGAUUUGAAAUUAGAAAAGAAUACAUGGAAAAAUCAUUUGAUUAAACAAGGAUGUCAAAAUAAUGAAAGAACUGCAGGUUGA